AUGCUGCUGUUGUCUGUUGUUCUCCUUGUGGUGGCCCUUGCUGCUUCCUGCGACGCGCAUGCCCACGCGCCCGCUCAUGUUGGUGGGAUCGCGACCAAUAACCUGCCGCUUCUCUCACAUCGUGAUCUGUUCACGCGAAAUGACACCAACUCCAGCAGGGUACCUGGUAUAUACAAGCUGUCUGACCUGUAUGACUACACCAACUUCUUCGACAAGUUUUCUUUCGUCGAGAGUCGCACGGGCACAGACCAGUACACCGAUGUCGACCCGACCCAUGGCUUUGUCCUCUACCAGAACCGGUCUGAAGCCGAGCGAAUCGGUCUUGUGCAGAUGGUGGGUGACGUGGCGGCCAUCAUGGUUGAUUACAAGACGGUGAUCGAGGACCCGCUGGGCUACGGUCGGAAAAGUGUCAGGAUCGAGAGCACCGCGACCUACAACCACGGCCUGGUCAUUGCCGACUUCUCGCAACUGCCAAAGGCCCAGUGCGGGACAUGGCCAGCCUAUUGGAUGUACGGACCGAACUGGCCAGAGAGCGGAGAAGUCGACAUCUACGAGCAGUGGAACGCCUACAAGUUCAACCGGCAGACCCUGCACACGGACCACAACGCGACGACGGGCAACUGCACCUUCGACAUGGGCAGCGCCCUCGGCUUCCACAGCUUCGACAUGGCCAACUACAAGCGGACCGAGAGCUGCGACGUCUACGCGAGCGGCACCAACGACGGCUGCUCCAGCUCGGACUACGAGGGCCCCUACGGCUCCCCAGGCGGUGGCGUCUACGCCAUGGAGUGGACGUCCGACUACAUUCGCAUGUGGACGUGGCACCCGGGCCAGGUGCCGCUUGAUGUCCUGCAGGGGGCGCCUGAUCCCGAGGGCUGGGGCCUCCCGGGCCUGUCCGUGGGCGGCUCGUUCUGUGACAUUGACCGGGCCUUUAAGAACCAGUCUAUCGUGUUUAACAUUGAUCUCUGUGGCGACACGGCUGGGUCUGGAAGCGAGUGGACGGAGUCAUGUGCUGAGGAGACGGGAUACAAUAUCUGUGCGAGAUAUGUGGCGGCCAACCCCGGAGAUUUCCAGGAGUCGUGGUUCGGUGUGAGAACGAUCAAAGUCUACACUCUUCAGUGA